AUGGCGGAUAAGAUCCUGAGUUUCGGUGGAGUCCUCCUGGACGGCAACACGGGCGGCCAAAGGGAGGUCCGUCUCUAUUACCACCUGGAGGACCACACCGUUAGGGUCGUCGAGACUCCCACGGCCAAUGCCGGCACUAUACAGGGAACGCUCGUGGGUCGCCAGAGAGUGUCGCUCUCGACUCAUCCCCUGUCGACGCACCUCGACUUGUCCCAUUUCAAGGUGGGCGAAACGGUCACAAUCUUGGGCAGAACGUACUUCCUCACCAGCUGCGACCCCGCCUCACGAAUAUACUUGACCUCCCUUGGCCUCAACCCCAAGCCUGACCUGUGUGACCCGAGCCUUACUGCUUAUCAGGAGCAUCUCCCGGCAGCCACGGCAGCGGCGAGUGCAGGGAAGCUCCAGUUUUCGAGCGAAUGGCCUCGUCAGCAUCCUCUGGCCACCUUCGUAAACAGAUCUGGCCAAGUACUCAGAUAUUUCGGCGAGUGGGUGGCUGAAGGAAAAGAAGGUGGCGGCGUCCGCACUCUGGUGACGGACAGAGUCGAACUCCGCUACUACCUCGAGGACGACACGGCCGAGGUCCGCGUCCACCACCUCACACCCCAACAGGAUGUGCUCACGCCCGCGCGCCCGGCCCAGCCCACCAAGAUCCUCAAACGAGGACCUGUGGCGAAGAAUAUAGCCGAGCUGAACAACGCGUCUUCGCUUGGCUCCGUAGGGCGGCCCACGCUUAACCUGGUGGGGCUCCGGGGUGGCCGGGCGCACCUGAAGGACCGACGCCCGCAGGCGCCAUGCAGCCCCGUUUUCUUACAACCAAAGGAUCUGGUUUUGGGGAAAACGGUGGACGUGGCGGGGAGACUCCUCAGGCUGUGCGAAUGUGACUCUUUCACCACUAAUUACUUCAAGAACGUUUAUGGCAUUGAUCAGCAUCCUGUCGGCUACGCGUACCUUGACAAGCAGCUUGGGACGCCGCAGCUCCCCCGCACGGAGGCGCUCGACCCUCGCUGGCUGGAGGAGACGCCGAAGGACCCCCUCCACCCGCUGCCGACGACGGUCACCACGACCAACCACAACGCGCAUUCCACAAGAGACGGCUACGAGCACACUAUUCUCCGAUUCGGCGCAAGAUUAGUCACGGAGAAGGAAAAGGACAGAGAGAGGGAAUUUGUGAUAAAUUUCUACGCUCAUGACUCCACGGUGUCUGUGUUCGAGGUCCCAAAGAUCAACUCAGGCAUGCGAGCGGGUAUGUUUCUCGGGCGAGGGUUGGUCGUGUCCGAAAAGGACGGCCAUGUUGGCGGGAAGGACCUCUUCGCAGGCAACAUCGUCAAACUCAACUCGCACACCUUUUACAUCACUCAUGCUGACGAGUUCACGCUCAGCUUUAUGCAGGAACACUGUGAUGAGUUUCCACAGGCGAACUACAACGUGGCACUGGACGAAGCCCGGCGGCACUUGGGGCACCAUGAACUGACCUCGCUUCUGCACCAGCUCACAGGGCACGACCCUUCGAAGUCCGGCUAUACGAGGACCGACAUCGUCUUUAACGCGCUCGCCAAAGCACUAGAAAGGUCGGCACUGACGCGGCAGCAGAUCCAGGCUUUGGUCCGCCGUCACCGCCGUCAGGAGCCGUCGCCCUUUUCCCAGGGAGAGUCUCACGCACUUGACGUCACUUCACCUUAAAAGACACAAUUUCGAUGGACUGCCAGAUCUGAGUUCGGGGUUGCGUGGGCGGGACAUUGAAGGGCGAGGUCGCUUACCUGCAGGGACGGUCAGAGCGGCUGUCAAGGCCACGCGCCUCCCCGUCCCCACCCUGCUUGUGGACGCUCUUGUUAGCAGCGUGACGGAGCAUGACGGUCAGAUCGAUUAUAACAGACUGUGCCAUGAACUGGAUUACCGUCAGCGACCUCACAUCCACGACAACCUUCCGUGCCAGCUCGACGAAUCCUCCCUGGAAGUCGGUCUGCGGCGCCUUUCGGACGACACGGAUUACGUCCAUCUCAUCGCGGACCUGGAAGGCAGCGCCAACACCCACCACUUCGCCGGAUCAGGGCUUGUGUAGGAGAGGCUCGCAGCGUGGGCUGGGUGGAGAGGUUUUGUUGUUAGUUUCUGUGUGUGUGCGUGUUUAUGUGUUUAUUCGUUUGUUUCUGUUUGUGUGUGUGUGUGUGUGUGUGUGUGUGUGUGUGUGUGUGUGUGUGUGUGUGUGUGUGUGUGUGUGUGUGUGUGUGUGUGUUUCUGAACUGCUUUAUUCGCUUGUUGUAGGCCACCGUAUUGAGAAGUAGGAUUGUUAAUUUUGAAAAUGGUGGGGGUUAUGUUAUAUCGCCAUAAAGUGGUUUGUUAUGUUCAUAGUUGUUGAUAAAUGUUUACACGGUUAGCAUUUAGAUUGUAUCAAAAGCUUUCUUCACCUCCAAUAUAGUUUAUAUUAUGUCAAUAUGUAUUUUGUUUUUUAUUUUGCCAAUAUAAGUGAAAUAAGAUAGCACCGACUACAGACUGAUAAUGAUUUCUAAUAUAUCACGGAAAUGGAUGCUUUUUACUUCAUUGUUGGUUUACACUGGAAUGUGUGUAUCUCCUGUCUAAUGCAUAGUGACUACAUCCAUGGUGAUUCCGUGGGUUCAAACUACAAUUUGGUGAAAUAGAUUAGUCUACAUAUGUUCAUUAUUUAUCAUCGGUAAUCUUACUGUUUCUGAUAUGGAAAUUGUAAGGAUAUAAAUAGGAAUUAACAAUGUUCUUUUCUAUACUUAAUUAUAUUACCUGGUGUCCUGUUCUAUUCUCAGGUUAUAUGCUUUGGCUGUGCAUUGUUAAGUAACUUCGUCUUUUCCAUUGUCACAUUUUUUGAGCUGUAAUGAUUGUUGAAUCUAUUCUCUAUAUCAUUCUUGUAACUGUUAUAUAGAAUAAUAUUAAUAGCAAUAAAGAUAAUAAUGGUGGUUAGGAUAAUAAUAAUACUACUACGACUUUUUUAUUUUCUU